ACACAGACAUUCCCCCACCCCCCCUCACUACAUUCGCUUGACACUUUGGCCAUUGUACUGGUUUUUCUCACCAAUCUAAAGCUUGGCUGAGAAAAUGAAGAUCUUCAACUGGGUGCAGAGGAGGUUCCAUCAUAACGUCCUCAAAGAUGGGCUGGCUCGAAAUGUUAAGAAGACUGAUUCCAUUGCAAUUGACACAAACACAAAAGCUUUACUCGAACAAGUAGCACUGGUUGACGUGCUUGAUGGUUGGCGUGACGGUAUUCUAACAAUUGGUACCUUUGGGUUUGAUCCUUUGAAAUCCUUCGGUGAACAAAAAGACUACUUAGCCUUGGAAAGCGACGAUGACGAAGAAGAGGGAGAAGCGGGGGAAGAACGGUACUCUGUUAACAAUGAUGAUGAAGAAGAAGAUGACGACGACGAUUAUGAUAAUAAUAAUAAUAAUAAUAUUGAUGAAGAAGUGAACCCACUGAUGUUCAGCACUUUCGACCACAGCUUCGAGAACGACGUUGAAUCAAAUGUUAAUCACGCGAAAUAUGGAAAACCUGACAUGAUAAUGAUGUUUGAUGGUGUUGCGGGGUCUACUGAUCAUGAAAUUAAGUUUGACUUGGAUGCCACUGAGGGCCAUUCUGGAAAGCUAAGAAGAAGAACAACACUGGCAGACCUCUUCUCUGAGGACUCUGAAAUGAAAAAGAAGCCGAGCCCUCUUGACCUGAAGUCAAAUUAUUGCAAAAAGGCAUCUGUUCGUACAAAGAACGGGCUUUCUUUUGCAAAGAAACUCAUUCCUCAAGUUGGAGAGGAUUCUCGUCCCAUCAAAAUGCUACACCAAAUGAUGAGGAGGAUGUUGAAAAGGAAGAUCCAUCCAGAGCUUGAAGGCAAGGGCAAUAAAUUGGACGGCCAGUGCAAGCCAAAUGUAAUCAAUGUUCUUGGAAGCAAGAAACAUGAAGCCGGUGAAUCAGUUUCUCUGCUUCAAUCUCCAGAUGCUGCUACAGCUUGAUCAGCUUUGAGUGUUGAUGACCUAAUCUGCUAGUUAAUGUGUUCCCGUGUUGUUCUUAAAUAAUUUGUCUUUAUUUCCUUUUUUUUUUUUUUAAUUUAUGGACAAUGUUACUUAAUCAAGCUAUUCAUGUAAGUGGAAUAUGGAACCAUGUGAUUCUCUUUUAAUUUUUCCUUUUAUUGUACUUUGGAUUUAGUAUAUGUUGGUUGUUUGAUUGUCCCGGCAUUGGCACAGGCGUUUGAUUGUUCAUGUUUUGACAUCUUUAUUUUAAUAUAUAACAAUCAGUUC